AUGGCCUCACCAGCCGCCCUCCGGCCCUCCAUGGGCGCCAUUAUGCAGACCUGCCGCUCGGCCGCAACAGCACCCAAGGUCGCCGUCGCCGUCCCGGUCAGGACGCUUUCCACCUCUGCCGCCCUCCUCAAGCGCCACAAAUACCCGACCGCCCGCGUGACCCGCGACAACUCCAAGAAGCGUGGCGAGUCUGCGCUGCGCAAGUCCGGCACCCGCUGGAAGCUCUCCGUCUCCGACGAACCCCUCCCCGAGCCUGUCCCGCGCGAGGAGCUGCCCCCGAUCCAAGUCGACGAGAACCACGGCCUCUGGGACUUCUUCUACGACCGCGAGACCGUCGCCAUGGCGCCCAUCGAGCACGCCAAGCACGGCCGCGCCUGGACCGUUUCCGAGCUGCGCAAGAAGUCGUGGGACGACCUGCACCGGCUGUGGUGGGUUUGCGUCAAGGAGCGCAACCGCAUUGCGACGGCGAACUGGGAGCGCAAGAAGAGCGAGUUGGGUUUCGGUCUUGCUGAGGCCAACGAGCGUGAUCGCAAUGUCAAGCAAACGAUGCGCGGCAUCAAGCAUGUGCUCACCGAGCGGUUCUAUGCUUACGAGGAUGCGGUGAAGUUGGCCGAGCAGGACCCGGAGAUCGACCUGUCCAACCCCGAGAACCCCUACAAGCCUAGCACAUUCCUGGAGGCGGAAGAGACGGCGGAGGGCGCCGAGGCCAGCGAGGCGCAAACUAGCACAGAAAUCGACCCAACAACGAUACCAUCAUCGAAGCCCCAAGCCGAAGCUCCUAGAGUAUGA